AUGUUCGCGAAUGAUUCAGUUGAGCCGCUGGGCGGCUACCAAUGGCUAGGCGAAGACCUAGAGGGCGAGCGCGUAGUUCGUCGUGGCUUCAUUCGAAAAGUCUACGGAUUACUUACGUGCCAACUCCUUGCGACGGCGAUAAUAGCCGCGCCAUUUGCGACGCACGAGGUUAGUCAGAAAUGGAUUGUCAGCAACGGGUCUUGGCUGAUAUUUUUGUCCAGCUUUGCGGCAUUAGGAAUAGUGUGUGCGGGAAGCUGUAACCCUGAUCUGUUUAGACGGUACUAUUGUGUGGAUACUCAAGUACUUAGAUGAAUACUAGUGAUUUUUAUUUUAUUUCCACCGACGGACUCUGUAGUGGUUAUAGGCAAAGAACAGGUUCUCUGUGACUCAUCUCAAAUUGAUUACUUCCUUCCUGACUUUCACUGCCACUUAUCUCACGCUUCAUCCGUUAUUUCCACCGACCUUUGGUAUGCGUAUGGCCGCCAUACUUCUAUGGCGGGGGCAUCGCAACAUGAUGCAUGAAGAACGCUGGAUGAUCUUGUUGAUCCUUCAUGUUCACAUAAAGAUGCACUUCAUUGCUCGAAUAAUCCUUCCUGCACUUUAUUGCUCAAGAAAUAUUCCUCGUUCCUUCAUCUGGAAAAAAUUAUAUAUAAGAAACAUCUCCUUAAUCCAUCCUUAAUCCAUGAAUAAUAACCCAAGGUAUCCAGCCAACUACAUCUGCUUAACCGUCUUCACCAUUGCAGAGAGUCUCUUAGUCGGCUUCGUCUGUUCCGCGUACCAGACCUAUUCCGUCUUCCUGGUUUUCAUGCUUACCUUCGGCAUCUUCGGGAUCUUAACUCUCUAUGCGUAUACGACGGACACGGACUUCACCGGUUACGGGACGUACCUCUUCGCAGCGCUCACCGGAUUGUGCUUCAUGUCCUUGAUUUUCCUCUUUUUUCCGGGACCCGCGGCAGAGAAGCUCCAGGCGGGACUUGGAGCAGUGCUGUUCUCGUUCUACAUCAUCUACGACACGCAGUUGAUCAUGGGAGGCAAGCACAAGAUACAGUUCUCGAUCGACGACUACGUGUUCGCGUCGAUGAACAUUUACAUCGACAUCUUGAACCUGUUCUUGGACCUCUUGAGGAUUCUGGGGGAGACGAGGAACUAGCUCUUAAUGCUGAUGUGGUUGGAUAGUAAUGGUGAUGUGGUUGGAUAGUAAUGGUGAUGGAUAGAUAGUAAAAAUGGUGAUGGACGACACGACUGUGAUGAUUAGUAAUGGUAUUGCUGAAUAGUGGUCCUAGAAAAUGGUGAUGGACGAUACGACUGUGAGAACGGGUGUUACUUGGGCAGAACUUGGUGAUUAUUUCUACACCAGCACCUCUGAUCGACUCGAACGGUUCGAGGGGAGCAUUUUCUAGUUCCUGCGUCCUCCAAGUAGGUUCAAACUCUGUCCCUGUCGUGGUGCAGCUGAUGAAUACGACCACGCCCGCCAAGCUUUAUUUUUGGUGCGGAGAGCAGAGACGAUGAAACUUGCCGAACUCAAUGCCAUCGUCCUCGUUGGAGGAGAGAAAGAGAAACCGCUUGUGAAGAUUUCUCUUGAUUGUCUUUCAAGACAAAUCAAAAAGACGACGAGCUUUGAAUCGAAUACAUACAAGAACAUCAUACUCAUAGCAGAGCUGGACGAGAACUUUUUGGUACCCUGAUAUGAUGUGCCUAACCCUGUGUGAAGCUCUCCUCAGCUGCAAGCUGAAGAAAGGAUGGCUCUUAUCUCGUGAAGAUCCAGUUCCAGGUUCUCAGAAACCGUUUCAUCAGAUGAAAACUUCUUGGCACCAACAUGCUCGCAUAAAAAAAUCACAAAUCACAUCAUUUUAUGGAUACUGUUGUAUUUGACAAUUGAAGGUAAAGACGUCAUCAGUCCAAUAAAGCGAGACGAGGGGGAAGUAUAGCGACUUGGUGAAUUUCUGUUUGAAAAUCUACUUGUAGAAGAUUUUUUCAAUCUGAUCGUUCGAUAACAUAGUUGUACUUCUAUUUGAUGAUGUUGUUCUUAAUGAAGACGAAACUUAGAACUGUUCUAAUACUACACGACCGAAUCAUUUGAUGACGUUUGUAGGUUUCCUCAGCAGGAAAAAACUCUUCUAGGAAAAAGUUCUUCUACUACUUCAACUUCGUCAUCGAAGAUGAUUUGUAACUCGUAUCGCUUUGAUCGUGGAAAUCCAAGUAC